CCUUAUUCUUCUAAAUAAUGCAAAUGUCUUCUAAAUUUUAGUAUUGCGUUUUUUAUGCUGAAAGAUAGUCGCGUAAUGUAAAGCAAAAAAAAAAAUUAAAAUAAAUAAAAUUAAAAAAGUGCAACAAAAAAUUUGCAAAUUAAAAGUGAUCAUUUCUACUUACAAAAUCCAUAAACCCAUCUAGCUGCCACAACAAGAUGCAGGCCCAUCACGCCAUGCCCGAUUUCCGGUGCCGCAGCACCUGUACGCACAGGGAGUGCCAGCGCCACGCUUACCUCGGCAUCAUUAAUCAGGAGGAGCAGUGCAAAUGCUUGGGCGAAGUCAACGCUUCCUCAAUCUUUCUCGAGAAUGUCUUGGACUUGUCCAAUACGCUAGCGCAGAUCAUGAUUAUCUGCGGCAUACACGAAUGCAAGGCUAAAUCCACCGUCGACGUGGUCACCUACGCCUUUCUCCAUUACGAUCAGGUGUGCUACUGUAUGGACACAACGCCGAAGAAGCGUUUGCGCAAAGAAGACCUGUUCCAUGAGUUGGGCAAGCGGUGUUUGAUGAAUCGUGUCGAGGCACAUCUCGCUUAUACGAUUGUCAAGCGGGGCUUCAAAGCUUUCUACUACCAGCCGAAUGACGAGUUGCGUCUGAAAGAAGGGCGACCAUCUUUCUCAGAGGAAUGUGUGUAUGUGCAUGCCGCGCGAAAGACUGCCGAAAGCUAUGCACGCUACGAUGGCUUGUCGUGUGAGGAGCAACGCGGCUUUGAGGCGAAAAUUAAAGUGGCCUACAAGAAAUUCUACGAUCGCAUGUUGACGCGCCGCAACCAACCGGAAGGUGAAGAUUGCAACUGCUGUUUCUGUGCUAAGAAGCGUGGUCAUCUCAUCUACGGCAAGCAGCCACCACGCGAGGCACCCAAAAAGGAGCCGCAUCGCUGUCCGUAUUGCUGCCAGAAGAAGAAGAAGAAGUUUAUACAUGCCGGACGUGCCGGUGCGAAGUGUCCGAAAUGCCAUCGUGCAUUACGUUAUUGCGUCUGUCCGAAGUAUGAUUUCGAUCUGGAUUGGGUGAAGAGUAUUUGGUUCCGACCCGAUAUGGACUUGUACUACAAAGAGACUAUUGAAGAGCGUCCAAUCGCAAAGAGUGGUUGCGAACCCGACGAACCAGAGCCAGAGAUAAAGGGAUGCGAUUCGCAAGAGAUUCAGAAAGAAGAGGUGGAGGAAGAGGAUGAAGGCGAAGAAGGCGCUGAGGGCGCAGAGCCUAUGGGUGCGGCGGAUCAACCUGCUGCCGCAGACAUCGACAUGGCGGGAGAAGAGGAGGAGGAGGGUGAACAAUGAGAACACCAUAAUUAUUGGAGAUAAUAAAUGAGAGUCAUAAUAGCCGAUGAAUAUAAAGAUAAGAUGAAGUCACAAUAUAAGAAAAAGUACAGCUGAAAGAGCAUUAUUUUGGAUAUAAAAAAAUUAAUAAAAUAUUU